GCGAGCAACAAUCAAAUUUCAACCGAAUAAUCCAUCCCCCAAGAAUCCUAACCUAUCUUUGUUGUGUGUUGUUUACGAGUGGUUUCUGCGAUUUGUUUGUUUUGAUUAUCUGUUUUGCUGGAGUGGCGCAAUUCUUGCCGGCCGCCUGUAGCUGAAAGAAGCAAUAUGGAAAGUGACAUUCAGCCGGUGGUAGAGAAUCGAACGAUAAAAACAUUGGCUGGUGCGUCUAAAGAAAGCUCUCAAGUACCCACCAAUGCGGCCGAUAGCGAUAAGGGCAGCAGUAAGUGUAUUCCGACUACCGGACACACAAAGAAGAAGAAGCAAGAUGGCCGUGAUUUGAAGUUGAUUAUGGAACCACAAAAUCCCUCCCCAACCAAGUAUUUCGAUAGCAACGGUGUACCAUUGGGACGAGCGUUGGAGGACGGGGAAAUUAUACCAACAGGAUCCGCAAUCAACAUCACUGCGGGAGAUAACAAGAAGGGCAGCAAAAUUGCAAUAAAAUGUUGCAACUGCAGCAAAGUGUUCACCUCACGUGCCACGUAUGACGUGCACUUUCGCUCCAACUACCAUCAAGAUCCAAUAUAUGCUUGCCCCGUGUGCGAUAAGCGGAUCGAGCAAUACAGGGCGUACCAUCUGCACUGCUAUCGGCACAGAAAUAGUGACACCCAGCGAUACACGUGUCAGGAAUGUGCGAAAAUUUUUCAUCAAAAAUCCGAUCUCGUUCGCCAUCAAAACACACAUUUGCCCAGCAUUGCGGGUCCGUCCAGGGAACGAAAUGGAAAGACUGCGGAAGCUAAACCUCCUUCUCUCGAGUGUAUAAAAUGCAACAUUUUAUUUAAAACUCAAGCUGAUCUGAAGGAACACACACGCAAAACGCAUCCGGCGCCAAAGCAACUAGUAGAGUGUCCCGAUUGUGGAAAGUCACUCUCAGCGGGAGGUUUCUAUUCGCAUCGUAAGAUACAUUCGGAAAGUCCCAAAUUUUCCUGCCAAGAGUGUGGCCGAGCAUUCGUGCAGAAGAUUAACCUUAUCCAGCACCACAAGACGCACAAUGGCAACCGGCCGUUCCAAUGCGAUCAGUGCGAUAAGGCAUUCUGCGAGAAGGCUCAGCUUCAGCGCCAUCUGCACCACCAUUCCGAGGAACGUCCGUUUCGCUGCGAAGUGUGUGACAAGUGCUACAAAACGGAACGGUGCCUGAAAGUACACUCGGCGGUGCACACCAACGAACGGCCGUACGUGUGUACCGAAUGUAACAAAGGCUUUCUCAGUAGUUCCAAGCUGCGACAACACAGCAACAUCCACUCGGGACUUCGACCGUUCAAGUGUAAGUACUGCACCCGGGACUUUACCAACUUUCCCAACUGGCUCAAGCACAUUCGACGCCGCCACAAAGUCGACCACCGGACAGGCGAGAAGCUCGACAGUGUGCCGAAGUUUAUGACGAAGAAAAGGCCGACGGAUGCGGUUCCGAAAAAGGUUCCAACGUCUACUGAAGCUGCGAGCCAGUCUGAUAAGGCACCUAAAAGUGGGAAGUCGAAAAAGCGCACUACCAGGAUGAUGAUCCCAUUGCCGGAUGUGCUAAAGGAAGAAUCGCUGCCUUAUGUCAGCGAAAGCUCAAACAUUGAUCUCAAUCUAGUUUCUAAGGAUGAUCUGCUGCAGCCGCUGACAGACGAAAUGGAAGACAUUUUCAAAUGUCUACCGUCAGAUGAGUCAAAAUUAAGCAUUCCCGAUCCGUUGGAGCAAAUCGGCUCCAACGACCCGGACUCGAAUGAGCCACAGAAAUUCAAUUGGAAUCAGACCGACAUAGGUUGUGAUUUUAGUGCUAAAACGUCUACUCCAGAGUUGAUUUCCAAAAGUUUACUCCAUCAAGAAAUACCCUCCAAUGUAUCAAAUACUCCCGUGGACGUAGCUCCAUCUUCCGGGCCGCUGCUGUUCGAUACCCAGUUGCCAAUGUUUCCGGCAAUCAUAUCGUUCUGCAACGAUGAACAGCAAUUUCGGAUAAUUAAUCCACACUACAUACACCUAACCAAUACAACCUUUAUAGCGGGCGCAAACUCCAAGCUCCCGACCGAUUCCGGUUCCGUUUCGCUUUCGCCCACCAGCGCCGAAAGGCAAAAGUAGAAGACGAGUUGCCGAUUUUUGCUACGUGAAAAAGUUAUCGCUGUAGAAUAAGUUUGAGAUAGAGUGUAUCAUCAAAGACUUACGGGGGAAAGCAUUUUUUUUCGCUUUGCCCGACACGAUAGGCUAGUGAUUAGAUAGAAGGACGAGAUGAAAAACGCAAACAUGUACCAACGUACCAAAUAUGCAGUAAUGUGCUGUGGGUCUUUUCGUGUUUUUUUGGUUUUUAUUUUCGUUGAUCCAAUUGUUUUGCACCACAUUAAAGUGACGGGAAACCUUUCACAUUUACAUAGAUUGCAUUUGCAUUAUUUUGCAAGGGA